AUGCUAAUUAGCGCCACGGAGACGCACCAGCUGGCCGAGGCUAACGAGCGCAAGAACGAGCGGCUCCGCGCCGCCUUCGGCAUCAGCGACUCCUACGUGGACGGCUCCGCCUUCGAGCCCGGCCGGCGGCCCCGGGACCCCCCCCAGGAGCCCCCCCAGGAGCCCCCCAGGUCCGCCAGCCGCUCCGGGGAGAGGAAGAAGAGCAAGAAGAAGAAGCACAGGUCCGAAUCCGAGGCCAAGAAGCGAAAGCACCGCUCGCCCAGCCCCAAGGCCAAGCACAAGGCCAAGGAGAAGAAGCGCAAGCGGUCCACCAGCCAAUCGCAGAAGCCGGAGCGCUCUUCCUCCCCGGCCGGCUCCUCCUCCUCCUCGGGCUCCUCCCGCAGCAGCCACCGGCGGGACCAGUCCGGGUGUCACCAGUGCGACCAGUGUGACCAGUUUGACUGGUGCAGCGGCUCCCAGUUUGACCAGUGCAGCGGCUCCCAGUUUGAACAGUGCAACCAGUUUGACCAGUGCGGCGGCUCCCAGUUUGACCAGUGCAACCAGUUUGACCAGUGCUGCGGCUCCCAGUGUCACCAGUACGACCAGUUUGACCAGUGCGGUGGGUCCCAGUUCAACCAGUUUGACCGGUGCGGCAGCUCCCAGUUUGACCAGUACAACCAGUUUGACCAGUGCUGCGGCUCCCAGUGUCACCAGUGUGACCAGUGCAGCGGCUCCCAGUUCAACCAGUCUGACCAGUGCUGCGGCUCCCAGUGUGACCAGUUUGACCAGUGCAGCGGCUCCCAGUUCGACCAGUUUGACCAGUGCUGUGGCUCCCAUUGUGACCAGUUUGACCGGUGCGGCAGCUCCCAGUGUCACCAGUUUGACCAGUGCUGCGGCUCCCAGUGUCACCAGUUUGACCGGUGCAUCGGCUCCCAGUGUCACCAGUUUGACCAGUUCCACGGCUCCCAGUUUAACCAGUAUCACCAGUACGACCGGUUCCACGGCUCCCGGUGCCGCCAGUGCUGCCGUUCUCAGCGCCACCAGUUUGACCAGUGCUCCCAGUAUGAGCAGCGCUGCUCCCAGUUUGACCAGUGGCACCCCCACGCCCGGUUCAAAUUAGACCACGCCCAUUUUUAG